UCUCCCCUCGCACGAUACUUUUCGUUUCCUGAGUCAAUGGUUCAAUUCGUCCGCUGUUUUCUCCGAUGCGCCCCGAUCUCAAGAUCCUAAUCGCUUGACGCGGACAGAUUGCAGAUCUAGGAGAGCGGUUGUUUAGGCUUCGCCUUCGUCUCCGUCUCCUCCAUCUGGGCUAUAUUUGUUUCUUAUGAGACACAGGGCCGCCUCCUCUCCUCAUGGGACCUCCUCCUUGACUUCUCGAGGCAAAAUGAGCUUGAUUAUUUUCCUAUAUUGCUCUUUCCUUCUUUGCGGUCUGAGGAAGGGAAGCAAAUGCAUACUGGGACAAUUGAGAUAGAAGAACCAACUGGGCUGGUUUUAACCGUAUAUCCGAUCCCAUAACAAAGCAAAUUCGAAUGGCUGGAAUUUUAUCAAGGAGAAUAUUUGGGUUCUCUCUAUCUCUUAUUCUCAUCAACAUGGCUUCUAUAAUGGAGCGUGCUGAUGAGAAUCUCUUACCAGCUGUUUAUAAAGAAGUUAGCGAGGCCUUUGAUGCUGGACCCAUCGAACUUGGAUAUCUUACCUUUAUACGUAACUUUGUGCAAUCAGUAUCAUCACCCAUGGCAGGUGUUCUAGCCCUUCAUCAUGACCGUCCUGUAGUUCUUGCUAUGGGUACUGCAUGCUGGGCUUUAUCAACAGCUGCAGUUGGUGUAAGCCAGCAUUUUAAUCAGGUUGCUUUCUGGAGAGCAAUAAAUGGCUUGGGUUUGGCCAUUGUCAUCCCUGCACUCCAAUCGUUCAUUGCAGAUAGUUACAUGGAUGGUUUGCGUGGUACGGGAUUUGGAUUACUAAAUCUUAUUGGUUCUGUCGGGGGCAUUGGAGGUGGUGUUUUGGCUACAAUCAUGGCAGGACAUGAGUACUGGGGAAUACCAGGGUGGCGUUGUGCUUUCAUCAUGAUGGCAUCAUUGAGCUUGCUAAUUGGAGUUCUUGUGUUUCUUUUUGUUGUUGACCCUAGGAGAGACCCUUUAGUUGCUGUCGGUGCUGAUGAUGACACCGAAAGGGCUAACCUGAUAAUGAAAAGUACUGUACCUCCAUCCUCGAUCUGGAGCAGUUCCUGGUUGGCAAUGAGAUCUGUAAUGAAAGUCAAGACAUUUCAAAUCAUUGUCUUGCAGGGAAUUGUUGGUUCACUACCUUGGACAGCAAUGGUUUUCUUCACAAUGUGGUUUGAACUGAUAGGGUUUGAUAAUAACAGCUCAGCUGCCUUAAACAGUCUUUUCGCCAUUGGAUGUGCUAUGGGUUCCUUCCUUGGGGGGAUGAUAGCUGAUCGAUUGUCAAAGUACUAUCCAGACUCAGGCCGAGUUAUGUGUGCUCAGUUCAGUGCCUUCAUGGGUAUUCCCUUUUCAUGGAUUCUUCUUACUGGGAUCCGGCCAUCUGUGAACAACUGGAACGCUUUUGCUGCCACCCUACUCCUCAUGGGCCUCACAAUCAGCUGGUGUGCUUCCUGUGCCAACAACCCCAUGUUUGCCGAGGUUGUCCCCCCGAAGCACCGUACCAUGAUUUAUGCUUUCGACCGUGCAUUUGAAGGAUCAUUCUCCUCAUUCGCAGCACCAGCAGUAGGUAUCCUUACUGAGAAGAUUUAUGGCUACGAUUCAAAGUCGCUCAAGUCAGUUGGUGGCUCUGCUGAAGGAGCAUUGGCACUCUCGAGGGGUCUAUUUAUGAUGACCAUCGUUCCUUUUGGUUUGUGCAGCUUGUUUUACAGUCCCCUUUACAUUGUAUUUAGGCGAGACCGAGAAAGCGCCAAACUGGUUUCUUCAAAGGAGCAACAACUAUCAUCAGAAAUUGAUUUUGUAGGCAGGUGAUAGCCACAACUUAUCGCAUAGUGGCAAGUAGAACGCAUAGCGUCUGGCAUAUCGGUAGGGGGUUUAUUUGAUAUGAAGAAUAUCCGACCUAGCAACUUAUGUAUGUUCUCUGCUUGUCUUCGGAUCAACUUAUUAAACAUAUAGAGAUUGUUGUUGAAGAAAGCUGCCCUUAUCGGUGAACUCAUUUAAAUGUUGUGGGAAUUCUUCA